CGCCAUGAUAUAACUUGAAUUUUAAACAUCUUAACAGGUAUAUGCAUGUGCAUAAUGUCGAACUGAAAUUGAAAACUAAAUACUUGUAGCGGCUGUUCUGUUCGCCUUAUCACUAGGAAAGCAGUACAUUGGAUGGGAGCAUGUUUCUGAUAGACAGCUAAUUAUUUGGCUUCAUUCAAGAUUGUGAUGAUUUGUAGUAAUGAAUUGGAGGCUUCGAUCCACUGCAAUUUAUGUGGUACAAGGGUUUUGUUUGAGAAGGCGAAUGAGAUUCUAAUGGAGGAAAGAAAUAUUCAGUGUGAGUAUUUCCACCACCAACACCCGCAAGUUGAAAGCCUAGACGAAUGAACUAUUCAGACAUUGGCGACAACGCUGCGAGUGGUGUGAUGGCAACUCUUCUUGUAUUCCUGUCCGUUGGUUUAGUUGGUGCUACUGAUGGUACAGGCUUCCAUUUAACUGGGAAGGUAGUAAACUGGAGUGGCAUGCCCUUUACCAUUGGUAUUUAUGGAUUUUUCUACUCUGGGCAUUCAGUAUUUCCAAACAUCUACCAGUCAAUGUCUGAUCACUCUAAGUUCCCUGUGGCACUAUUCAUAUGGUAUGCUUGGCUAUAUUCAUGUUUCGGUUUACCUUGUUACUGAAUAAUGAAUAUUUUUUCGCAAGGUGUGAUGGUAUUUUCGCAAGGCUUCU